AUGGUCACCUCCAGGAUCGCGUAUGGCGGCUUCAAGCGCAAACUGGUACUUGCCUUCGAUGUAGGAACUACCUACAGUGGAAUAUCUUACAGCAUCCUGGAUCCAGGAGAGGUCCCAAAGAUUCAGGGUGUGACGAGGUACCCUGCGCAAGAACAAGUCAGUGGUUCGUCCAAGAUCCCCACCGUGAUGUACUACGAUACGGAAGGCAAAGUUCGCGCAGUAGGCGCAGAAGCAAUGAGCGAAGCUGUCUACGAACAGGCGGAGGACGAGAGAUGGUUUAAGGUCGAAUGGUUCAAGCUGCAUCUACGACCAACCCAUGAUCACUCGGCCAACAUCUCGAAUCUCAGUCAGUUGCCUCCACUACCACCGGGGAAGACGAUUAUACAAGUAUACAGCGACUUCUUACGGUAUCUACUCGAAUGUGCAAGCAGAUAUAUUCGAGAGACGCACCCCAAUGGACCGGAUCUGUGGGCUACCCUGGCGCCAGAAGCUGAAUUCGUGCUGUCGCACCCGAAUGGGUGGGAAGGAUCGCAACAAAGUCAGCUUCGAACGGCCGCGAUCGAGGCUGGCUUGGUGCCGGACGCUGCUGCUGGGAAUGAACGAAUCCAGUUCGUCACCGAGGGGGAAGCCAGUCUACAUUACUCCAUCGAGAAUGGACUCCCGGCGAAUUCACUACGGAAAGGGGAUGGAGUCGCGAUUGUUGACGCUGGAGGUGGUACCGUGGAUAUCAGUGCGUAUGCACAGACCCUUGAAUCAGGAAGCGCGACAGGGAGUAUCUUCGAGGAGAUUGCGCCCCCUCAAUGUCACUUCAACGGCUCGGUAUUCGUCAGUCUACACGCACGCUUCUUCCUGGAAGGUCUUCUCAAGGAAUCCGAAUUCUAUGACGACAUGGAAACCAUCGUUCGCGCUUUCGAUAAGACGACAAAGCUACGGUUUAGGAGCAUCAAUGAUCCCCAGUUUAUCAAGUUUGGCUCAACUCGCGAUAACGAGCCUGAAUUCAACAUUCGAUACGGCCAACUAAAGCUAUCAGGAGCUGACGUUGCCCGGUUUUUUGAACCCUCUGUGGCGUGUGUCAUCGAAGCUGUGAGAGAACAACGACGGCUCGCGCACAAGCCGUUUACCCAUGUCGUCCUAGUCGGAGGCUUCGCCAGCAGCGACUGGCUGUACGAAAGGGUCGCCGAAGCGCUGGCCCCAGAAGGAUUUAACGUCAUCCGUCCUGAGAAUCAUUUGAACAAAGCUGUAGCGGACGGCGCCAUGUCGUUCUACAUUGACCACUGCGUUCGAACACGGGUGUCCAAGUUUACCUACGGCCAAUUCUCCAACACCCGAUUCAUCGAGUCUGACCCGGAGCAUGCCAAGCGGAUUAAGGACGUGUACAUCUCGCUGUCGGGGCAUAGGAAUAUCAAAAACAACUUCAGCAUCAUCUUACCCAAGAAUACCCAAGUUUCGGAAACGAAAGAAUUCUCAAAGGACUUCCAUAUAUCGCGCACGUCAAUAGAAAAGCUGACGAAAGCGACCGUCCAUGUAUGGGCCUAUCGUGGAAAGAUUGCUGUUCCUCAGUGGAAGGAUGUUGACCGGGACAACUACUCGCGGUUAUGCACCAUUGAAGUCGACCUCUCCCAUCUAGCGCAAUGUGCCGACCAGUUCAAGAAGGAAGGGCCUCAAGGUACCUACUACCGACUGCAUUACAAGCUUAUCCUCCUGUUCGGCUUGUCUGAGUUGAAGGCAGUCUUCUCGUGGAAGGAGAAUGGUGUUGAGAAACGGUCUCCGGCCAAUAUAAUUUACGAUCCUGAGGGAUAA